UGGGUUUAACCGACGGGCAGCGGAUAGAAGAAAGGAACAGUUUGUCCCACCGGCGUUUUAUUUAGCAGCAGAAGGUCGUCGGCAGCUGGGCGAUAUUUGACAACACACAAACCAAAAACCAGCUUAAAUAACUUAACUUUGUUGUAAGUUUGGGGCUCGAAACGUGGAUUGAUAUGAGUAUUGCUAAAAAUAUAGAGGGACGCGGCUGUGCGUCGCGUUUGUUCGGGCUCGUUAUGAAACCGUGCUAGCUAAUGUUCGCUAACAUUAGCAGUUGAGCACCGUAACUAACGAUAGCUACGCUGACAGUUAAGAAAGCGACCGGAGACGCGGUUUUAACCCAAGACAGUCUACUAGUUUUUCUUGCAGCGUAGAAUUAACGCUACGUGGGAUUUUAGAAACCCGGACUUCACAGGGUACUCGGACUGGAACCUUGAAUAUCACCGCCUCCGGUCUUGGAGCAGACCCCGGGCUCAGCUUCUCAGACCCAGGAUCGCUGUUCCUUGAACUGAGUGGCUGGUUUGAUGGCAGCCACGGCCAGUGCCCGGCGGUUACCCAUGGGUGUGCGGACAUUCAGUGACUUUCUUCAGAUUGCCACUGUGGGCUCCCCUCGCUCGUGUCGUACACCGGUGCUAAGAGGAUGCCUUCGCCAAAACAUCAGACACCUGUCAUCAUGUGGCAUUUUGAUGACAAGAACUCCCAGAGUGCUUUGCCUUCAAGACUGGGACACAAUGACAACUGUUCCCCAAAGCAGAAACUUCAUCAGCCUCACCAACAAAAGGAAGGAGUACUCCGAGCGUAGGAUACUUGGGUUUUCUAUGCAGGAAAUGUAUGAAGUGGUGGCCAAUGUUGACGACUACAAGCACUUUGUGCCCUGGUGUAAGAAGUCCCAGACCAUCAUGAAAAGAGCAGGCCACUCCAAAGCCCAGCUUGAAGUGGGAUUCCCUCCAGUGGUGGAGAGAUACACAUCUAUGAUCACUAGUGUCCGGCCUCAUCUGGUCAAAGCAGUGUGUACAGAUGGAAAGCUGUUCAAUCACCUGGAGACAAUAUGGCGCUUUAGUCCUGGCAUUCCUGGUUACCCUCGCACCUGCACAGUAGACUUUUCUAUAUCCUUUGAGUUCCGCUCUUUGCUGCACUCCCAGUUAGCCACCAUGUUCUUCGAUGAGGUUGUAAAGCAAAAUGUCGCUGCUUUUGAGCGGCGGGCUUGUAAGCUGUACGGCCCAGAGACUCGUAUCCCACGGGAGUUAAUGUUUCACGAGGUGCAUCAGACGUGAUCUUGGCAGCUGUAUGUCCUCAUGUCCUCAUCUGGCCUUAAAUUAUACCAACCUUUGUUUCCUUUAUCCACACAAACUUGCAUGAUGCUGCGUAAUCCCCCCCUCACCGCUACAUAGACAUCAUAGUGGCUGCUGAAGAUGUUAGACAUCCAACUCUUGUAAGCAUUAUUAUUAUUAUUAAUAAUUCCUCUUCUCAUUGUGUUAAGUCUUUCCACUUUCUGUCUACCUCCACUGAAGGGAUCCUUGUUUAGCAGAGGGACACCACCAUUGCUCUUGCUCCAUAGCAGUUACAAGCUGUAUUUAUGUAUAAAAACAGUAAAUCAUUGCAACAUUAUGCUACCAAUGGUAGAGUCGACUAUUAUUUUAAAUGAACAGCACAGUGACACUGAACAAAACACCCUUUUAUUAUUAUUUUUUUAAUAAAAGGCACAGAUGCCGUUUGAUCCAGACUUCUGCUCAAGUCUUAUAGUUCACUGUGACCUCGAAGUUACUUUUCACACUGACACUUAAUCAAGUCAAAGUGUGUCCAAUCUUUAGUUGAAUUUCAGCACUUUGAUCAGCUGAUUAUACUGUAUUACUUUGCCUUUACUUUUACCACUUUUAUUUCAAAUGGAACUUUUAAUAUAUUGUUUGACAUAGAGUUGUGAAGUUGGUGCAAAACGAUAUUUCAUUUCAUCCUUUUUAAUUUAUUCAUCAGUGGUUAUAUGCAAUUUUUUUAUUAUAUUAUUGGGAUCCAAAUCAAAUGUGCCAUGUGUGGGACGUUGAGAGUGUUGUCACUGUGACAAUAUCACUGAAGUGCAACAUUUUGCGAGGGGGAAAAAUGUCAUUUCUUCAUUAGUUAGCUGUGUCCUCAAUUAACCUUGAGGUUUGGGAGAUUUAGAUUUAUCUUGGCUGUUGUUGUGCUGUGAGGAUUGUGUUUUUGGACAUUUAGACUUGGCCUGCCAAUUUUAAUAAUGCCUUAUUUUACAGCCCAGCACGAGUAGUAACUUUUAGGUGAUUAAUAAAGGUGAUGGGGGCACAAACAAGAGCACCUGAAUGAACAGGUUGGAGUGUACUGUGAAAUACUUUAAAUGGGAUUACAACAAAAAUGUUACAGAUCAUGUGGGUUAACUACAACUUUAUAUUUGAUAAAUAUAUAUUUUGGUUUGCAGAUUCUUAAAGAUUAGAUUAGAUGCUAUUUCUGAAAAUCAAAUUAAAUGCCACUUGAGAUACUUGAGAUUGAUAGUAAUGUGAUUAGGUCACAGUUCCAAUAAUCCAAUUGAUUUCUAAAGUUAAAACAAUUUGUAACAUGUUGGAAAAGUUUUCCAUCUCUGCUUUCUGUUUUGUGGUCCAUGUUAUGAAGGUUAUCAGGAGAAUGAUCCUCCUGUUGUGUACAUUUAUAUAAAAUACGCUGGUGGGCUGUAGAAUAAAACAUUAUCAUUGUCUGUGGGUUUCAUGCUUAUUUUUGAGAGGUGUAGCUUUUAUUUAUAUUCAUUAUGAUGCAUGGAUGUAACUAACAAAGAGGCAAAUAUACACGUUUCAAGUGUUGCAUUGUCAGUGUGACUACAAUUUGUUGGGAUUUAUAUUUCAUAUCGAGGUAGCCCAUCGCUUUAUUCCACAGUAAAGUGCGCAUAAAGUUAAUUGAUAUUAAUACCGUAUUUGCCAUAUUUUAGAUACAUUCAGGUUGCCAAAGGUCAGUGGAGGAAGUCAUUCAUUGUGUGACCUUCCUCAUAACAGGCAGUUCAUUUUGUCCACAUGCUCCAAGUAUCAUACUCUCAACAGAACUGAACUGUGGUUCGGUAUUUUCAAAGCUGGAUUUUGGCUUCAAAGUCGAUGUGUUUAUUUUCUCUUUUUAAAAAGGUGAUUUGGAAAUGAAGGGAUAUUUAAUUAUCAAUGCAUGAAGAAUGUUAAAUCCAAUGGGCCUGUGAAUCACUGUUACAUGAAAAAAAGUUCAACUUAUUAAAAGAUUUUUAAAUGUCAUUUUCAAGUGUUAUAUUUUUAAGCAAUAAAAUAUAAUUUUAGAUUAAGUCAGAUUUAAGAUUAAAAUUUUAGCAUAUCGUCAUGCUAUCCAGUGAUCAGGCUUGAUUUUGGAUCUUUUUUUUGUUUUUUGCUAGAGAUGUAUGUUUGAUAUGCUGCCUACUGAUUGAAUUUAAUGCCAAGGUUUAUUGUUGUAGGUGCCAAUACUCAGAAAUCGGAAACAAUGGAGACUAUUUUAAGAGAUAGUAAGAAGAGCAAGAGUAUUGUCACCUCAGCCUUCCUUCCCUGCAGUAUAUUUCCACAUUGAUGGUCAUAUUGCAGGUAUAUGAACAACCCCUGAUUUAACAGUGGUGGCUUGGAAUGUAUACAUGGAUGUAGAUACAUUAUGAUAGAAAAUAUUGCCAUUAUUUUUGCAGUCCUUUCACUUUUUAUGUUGCAAGCUAAAAUGUACCUGUAAAUACUGUGGGUGUAUUUUAAAGCUUUAUUUAAAUAAAAA